UAUCCAACAUCACGCCCGCUAUAUCCAGCGCCUAGUCAAAUCCGGCACUCUAGUUGCACGCGCCUCAACUUUAGCACCGACAUGGCCCCGGACUGGCAGAACCUGCCCGCCGACCUUUGGCUCCAUAUCGCAACCUUCCUUAACACCGCUGAUGGGGCCACUGCGCUCCGGCGCACCUCGCGCUUCCUGCGCAACAGCCUUUCCGCGCCUCAGCACCGCCGCGUGUUUCUCGCCGGCCCGCACACGUACCCUGGAUACUUGCGACCUCGGCGGCUUGACACGCACGUGCCACCACCGGGCUGGCCCGGCCGCGCAUUCCAGGAGAACUUCGCCACCGCAGCCGCCUGGGCCCACCUGUCCCUGCCGCAACGACGCCGGCUCGCAUGCCUCGCAGCGGCGUCAGGGCACGCAGCCAGCGCCACUGCAGCAAUCCAGUACAGCGGCGUUGCAAUGAACACAGAGGUACUGGCAUCCGCCGCGCAGGCUGGCUUGCUGCACCUCUGCCAACAGCUCAUCAGCCACGGCUGCGCGCUCACCUGCUCAGCAUUCGUGGCCGCCGGCAGCGCCGGGCACCUUGAUGUCCUCACGCUCCUCUUCGACACGGUAGCACACGCAGACCCUCAAGACUGGCAAGAGCUGUACACCAGCACGCAACAGGGCGCUUGCAUCGGCGGCCACAGCAGUGUGCUAGACUUCCUUAACGCCCGAUUCGCACAGCACGACGCCUGGCACACCCUUCCAGCAAGCAGCAUCAAGGCAGCGGCUGCACGCGGACACACAGCCCUAGUCGAGCGCGCCCUGCAGCAUGCCCCGCCGUACAGCUGGUACGGCGCGUACUGGCGAGCCAAAAUCAUGGACGGCAUCGCAGCAGGCUGCUCCACCCAGUUCCUGAACCACGUGCUCACCACCUACAUUCCUGAGUGGCCGCACAGCUUGCCGCUGCCACUGCCUGCGGACCCAGCAGCAGAACCGCCCGCGGUGGACGCGCCGGCAGCACAACAGCCACCUGCCUUCCCAGCCGUGGCUCCGCCAGCAGCGCCUGCGCCACCACCACAACAGCCAGCCAUUCAAGAAGCCUUGCCGCAGCCACCAGCACCUCAGCCACCCGAUCCGUCAGUCGUGCUGCGCGUCUGCCGCAGCAUCACACUCGCGGCGUCUCAACUGCCUGUGCCCAACACAGACAGCAUCCAGCUGCUGCUGCUGCGCGCACCGCAAGGCUGGCAGGCUGUUGCAACAGACCUCCUGAGCUCUGACACGUUCCUGCGCGACCCGAACCUCAGAAACAUUCCCGCGGUCCUAGCAACGCUGGCCGCAGCCGGCGUGGCUGUGCCGCAGGACCUACGCAACCGCCUGCUUCUACAGCAUGGCACCCCUGACGAAGCUGCAGACACAGUCCUCCACAUGGGCGAAAUGGCCGCGCGCCACUGCAACGCAGGCUGUACGCUCUUCUCCUCGACCCGCGACGAGGGCGUCAUCCGGCUUAGAGACAACCGCCCACAAGCAGAAGCAUUCCUACGCCGCGGUUUCAGCAUAACAGCGCACGACUUGCACAUGGUUGCACAGAUCUCCUCCUGGGACACAGUUGCCAUGGUGGCUGCAGCCGUACCGCCUGCCCAUCCGCAGGACACCUGGGCAUACAACUCGGCUUUCACCUCCGCGGCCCGCAAUGGCGCACCCCUGCCCAUCCUGCAGCUCCUCCAUGACCGUGGCGCUCGCAUCGACCUUGACGCCAUCGCCAUGGCCGGCAGCGAACACGCUAUGCAAUGGGCAUACGACCUACUCCUACAGCAGGGGCACCAACAAGUGCAGUCUACCGGCGCAUGGACCGGUGCCAUUCUCCUGGGCCCACCUGACGCUCCCUCCAGUUUCUCCAGUGCCGCGAAUUUCGCACUCUGGGCCUGCAACCUGCCAACCCUGCGCGUCCUGCGCGCCACGCCCGACGGCAUGGCCGUUGCAGCAUUCAACGUUCUCCAGCCAACCACUCCCACCGCGCCCGGCAACGCACUUGCACCCACUCCUGGUCCUCCCACCAUCACCAACACGUCUGACGUGGCGUGGAGCGUGUACGGCCACGGAUUCGAAGUCGUGCACCUGUGGGAGGCCUGGCACGCGCCCGUUUCCGUAGAUAAAUGGCGGCACCUGCAUGCUGCUGUCCUGCACAUGAUGCACUCUCGCCAUCGCGCACCACCCGACAUGAUCAACGUGCUCCCGUAUCAGCUUGCGUGGGUACUAGCGCACGUGCCCUAAACAAUGCUACCUCUGCUUGCAUCUGCACCACGACUUGCAACAAGGGAGACGUAGGCCUCACACAUCAAUGACGGCUGUUGAGCACAGAUCAUCACAAGCGCUGAGGUGGUAUAGCUGUUGUUGUUGCACUGUUGCGUGUGUUCACAGCAGUCUGCCUCACGGAUGGGCACCACCAUAGAAGCACUAAUGAUGUUGGGGGCGGUCGUUACGUUUGCCUUGACCGACAGCUAGAAUUGAUGGCAUAUCGUAAGAAGGCUCAAAGGGCUGUAUCUAUGCGUGUUGAGUGUUGACGGCGGGUUGGGUCGACGGGACGCAGCAAGGAGUGGGCGUAUCAUGUCAGUGUCCACAUCGUACGGAUCAGGAGGAGGAGGGUGUGCACAAUCAGGCCCCCGGCCUAGCUGGUUAGCGAUUUGACUCGUCCUUACGGCAGAAGGGACCCGGGUACAAAUCCGGAUAAAAGCCCAAUUAUGCAAAAGGCGAAAGAUUGGUGUGAAACCGAUUGGUGAUCCCACGAACGAAAGGUAAUUGCCCAUAGUGGCAAUUGCGGGCUUAUGCCCGCUGCAACCUAGAAAGGUCGUGGUGCAGAAGUCCGAUUCAGUGGCGAGGUCCAAGGUUCAAGACAAGGCUCAAGAUCCAAGGCUCGAGGAGGAGUGCCAUGGCUCCUCGGUUUGCACAAACUGGCAGUGCUCCACUACUAUAACGCGGCGUUUCCCUAGCACGAUAUGUUAGGUGUGCAGGCUCGGAUGUAGUGGACUUUGAAGAGCGGCCUAGGACUUGGAGGUUGUAGGUUCGGAGGUUGUGACUCUUUCGUGGUGAGGCGUCAGCGUGAGGGGGGUGGGCCCUCUCGCCCUAGUCACCUUGCCCCGUUAAUCCAUGCCAGGACCCUAUGGGCCGGCGUUGUAAUUAUUAUUAUUA